AUGGCUGCUCUUGAUGCGUUGAAAGAGGAUAUUCUUGAUGUAUUUCACGUCUUUGAUGAGGAUGGCUCGGGCAGUAUUUCUCUUCAUGAUCUAGUUCGUGCGAUUCACACUAUUACCGGUGUACGUAUGUCUCGUGUAGAUUUGCGUGUGCUUGUACAAGCUGCUCAAGAUGAACUAAAGGAAGAAGCAAUAUCUAAAAGACAACAAGAAUCUGAUGAAGCUGGUUUAUCGACUGUUAAAAGUUUGGAUGUUUCGAAGACUCAGACUUCUACUGAACAUGAUACAGUGGAUGAGAAUUUGUUUGUUGCUGUUGUUUUGAAGAUGUUGAGUAGGCGUACAUAUGAGCAAGAGUUGCUUUUUACAUUUCAUUUACUGGAAGAUAAGAAUUACCCUGGUUUUAUCACGAAGGAAAGUUUAAAAAAGGCCGCUGCUGAAAUGGAAGAGUGUCUGACGGACCAAGAGGUAAAUGAGAUGUUUGAUAAACUUGUAACUGGCGUACCAACUCCUGCAUUGGAUUUUACGACAUUUUCUACAAUUCUUGAGACUGCAAGAAGAUCAGAGGAGUAG